CCCUUACAAAGCCUGCUGUCGUGUGCAUCUAUCCCCGGCCAGUAGUACCACCCACAGGGUGCUGACUACGUACGUAGGUCCGAAGCCGCUGUCGCCGGCGAACACUUUCCUUCCCGCUCUUAUCCGCUGCCAACAACCUCGACAACCUCAACCUCAAAGCCGAAAACCCUCCUCCCUCUCCGCUACUAUCCGUCGUCGAGUCACUUCCCUGCGCGCGUCAAGUCGGCUUGCGUCCCUCUCUCCCGAGCUCUCCAUCCCCUCCGGACUCUUGCCUGCCUCCUCCCCCAAUCGCUAUUCGCAUAUUGCGCCUGGAGAGCUCGGGGCAAUAUGUCGACGACUCUCGGCGCCUUCAUCGCCGGUGGCAUCGCUGCUUGUGGUGCCGUCACGGCGACGCAUCCCUUUGAGACUGUCAAGAUUCGCAUGCAAUUGCAGGGCGAACUCCAGACCAAGGGCCACCAGCCUCACCACUACAAGGGACCGAUCCACGGCGUCAGCGUCAUCGUCCGCAACGAGGGCAUCCGCGCCAUCUACCGUGGUCUCGGCACCGCCUAUGUGUACCAGAUCCUCCUCAACGGCUGCCGUCUGGGAUUUUACGAACCCAUGCGCAAUGGGCUCGCCACCCUCAUAUUCAAGGACGGCACCACGCAGAACCUCGGCAUCAACAUGUUCUGCGGUGCUGGUUCGGGCGUAAUCGGCGCCGCGGCUGGCAGUCCCUUCUUCCUUGUCAAGACACGCCUCCAGAGCUUCUCGCCCUUCCGCCCCGUCGGUACCCAGCACCAGUACCGCGGCGCCUGGCAUGGCCUCAACCAGAUCUACGGCACCGAGGGCUUCCGCGGCCUCUACCGUGGUGUCGGCGCCGCCAUGAUCCGCACCGGCUUCGGCAGCUCUGUCCAGCUUCCUACCUACUUUUUCGCCAAGCGACGUCUUGUCCAACAUUUCGGCAUGGAGGAGGGUCCUGCUCUGCACCUCGCCUGUAGUUCCAUGAGUGGCUUCGUCGUUUGCUGCUUUAUGCAUCCCCCUGACACCGUCAUGUCUCGCAUGUACAACCAAAACGGAAAUCUCUACAAGGGAGCCUUUGACUGUCUCUCCAAGACGGUCCGCUCCGAAGGCUUCUUCGCCCUUUACAAGGGCUUCCUACCCCAUCUGGCCCGAAUCCUACCUCACACCAUCUUGACUCUCAGUCUGGCGGAGCAGACCAACAAGCUGGUGAGAAAGCUUGAAAACCGUAUCCUUCCCACGCCUGAUUUGGCUUGAGGGGUGCAUCGGUUUCAUUUGUCUGAGUAAAAAAGGGACCUGGGGUGGCGGAUUUUGUACACACAGAGGUUUCUUCUGUAUAUGACGAGAGAGGGUUUGGGUUCUCAUCCACAUAGUUGCUAUCUUGGUUAGAUGACGGGAGCAUUUGGCAUCGCCUGGGUCACGGGAUUGGCAAAUAAAAGGCGGCGCAUCUUUUGGGGAGUUUUCAGUCUCAUAGACCCAACAACAUGGGAAGACGGAGCA